ACGACUGGAAAGCGACCAGAUGGAAUUCUGCUCUGCCUUCUUAACAGAUUCCACACAUUUAAAAUUGUAUCGCACACAUUUUUAGCCGACUUUCCUGUUUACAGACAGCCCUGGCGUGACCGCAGAAGCUGAUCUGGGUGGCUCGACUGCGCUGCGAACCGGGACAGACGCGGUCAAGACAUUUAAAGAAACCCGACCAAACAUCUUCCCUCUGAAGGUCCCAAGGCGAGUGUGUGUCCAUCAUGCCGCUGUUUGGUAAAUCCCACAAGAGUCCGGCGGACAUCGUCAGGACCUUGAAGGAAAACCUGGCCAUCCUAGUCAAACAGGACAAGAAGACAGACAAGGCGUCUGAGGAGGUGUCAAAGUGUUUGGUGUCCAUGAAGGAGAUUCUGUACGGCAGCAACGAUAAGGAGCCUCACACCGAGACCGUGGCCCAGCUGGCCCAGGAGCUGUACAACAGUGGCCUGCUGAUAGCGCUGGUAGAAAACCUGCAGGUCAUAGACUUCGAGGGGAAGAAGGAUGUGUGUCAGAUCUUUAACAACAUCCUGAGGAGGCAGAUUGGGACGAGGAGCCCCACUGUGGAAUAUUUCUGUUCCCACCAAGAGGUCCUCUUUAUACUGCUGAAAGGGUAUGAGACACCCCAGGUAGCGUUGAAUUGCGGGAUCAUGCUGAGGGAGUGCAUCCGCCACGAGCCGCUCGCCAAGAUAGUUCUCCACUCGGAUCAUUUCAACAGCUUCUUCAACUACGUGGAGAUGUCCACCUUCGACAUCGCCUCCGACGCCUUCGCCACCUUCAAGGAUCUCCUGACAAGACACAAAGUGCUCGUGGCUGAAUACCUUGAACAGAACUACGAUGCUGUGUUUGCAGACUAUGAGAAGCUGCUGCACUCUGAGAACUACGUCACCAAGAGGCAGUCUCUGAAGCUGUUGGGCGAGCUGCUAUUGGACAGACAUAACUUCACGGUGAUGACGCGCUACAUCAGCAAGCCCGAGAAUCUCAAGCUAAUGAUGAAUCUGCUGAGAGACAAGAGUCUCAACAUCCAGUUUGAGGCCUUCCAUGUCUUCAAGGUUUUUGUCGCAAACCCCAACAAGACGCAGCCCAUCAUCGACAUCCUGCUCAAGAACCAGACCAAGCUAAUCGACUUCCUGAGCAACUUCCAGAAGGACCGCACGGACGACGAGCAGUUCAACGACGAGAAGACCUACCUAAUCAAACAGAUCAGGGAUCUGAAGAAACCAGCCUCCUAGAGAAGCACCCCCGCCCUCUCCCCCAACUUUUUAUCAAUAGGAAGACAUACAGUAGAAAAAAAACACAUUAACAAUAAUGGUUAUUCUAUUUAAAAAAAAAAAUUCAAGACAUUAUUUGUCUUUUUUCUCUUUCUUGGUUCAUUUAAAAAAUUGUGCAAGAGUAGUUCUCAAUCACUGAUCUUUCUUUUGUAAAUUUUUCUCAUGAAGUCUUUUUUGUUUGUUUUUUUUUUUCCAUCUGUAGCAUGUAGUGCCACAACUCCUGGUGUUGGAGGCAGCUGAUUUGCUCUGUUGGGAGAACCAGCGGUUAAAAAGCAUCAGCCGGCGUGGUCGUAAAACGGAUGUGAGCAUUUCUGUAACGUUAUCACAGUCGCCGGUUGCAGGUGCUCUGUUCGUUGCUGCACGCGAGUUCUGACCUUUAAAUGAAGUAGCUGCAAAAAAAUAGAAAAAAGAAUUUCAUUUUUUUUCCUCUCUCUCACUUUAGAGUGAGAGCAUUGAAAGUGUGAAACACAUUCGGAGUCAUUGCUAAAAGCUUAGUUAGUAGUGUCUUUCCCUCUGCUAGCCAAACAUCUCUGUCUUAAUGUGCUGCCAAAGCCGAUGAUUGCUCAAGUUUCCUCUCUCUAAAACUAAAAAGCAUCAUUAGAUUUAAGUACGAUCCCGAAAUGCCAACUUAGCAUCACGGAUUCACACCCAAAAUGGAAAAAGUCUUGUCUUCCUUGAAAGCCAAACUCAACAUCAGACUUUCUUAUGACUGUCAUAACAACACAUUUAAAGCAUCGCCGGUUCAGCGAGGUAACGUCUUGGUUGAGAGCGCGCUACACGAUAUGUGAACGGCUUGCGAUCACAAAGUCUGCGAAAUGUUUGGCGUGUCGCCACAGAUGCUGUCAUCUGAUUGGUCAUGAUUUGAUUCCCUCAGCUUGAUGCUACAGAAGUUCAGACUCGAGUCCGUUGCGAUUAAAAAAAUAUAUAUCUUAAGAUGUGUUUGCAGCUUUCGAAUUAGCUGCAGUAAGACUGAGAAUUGCGACCAAGAACAUAUAAUCGCACUUGUAGGAAUAUUUGAGAUCUUUUUGAAUUGAAUCAUGGCAUCGGGCUGGUAUCGGUACAGCAAGCUUCAAUCAUAUUGAUCACUGGUUCUCUUUGCUGGUGGCUGAUAGCACUUUCUGUAUGAUAAAAAAAAAUUACGAUGAUUCAAGUGUUUGUUUUUUGUUCAUCUUAAGCUGAUCACUGUUUUCACACUGCUUGAUGUUUUGGGGGUUUUUUAUAUAUAGUUUCAUUUCUCGUCAUGUACAGUUUGUGGUUUGCACACCUGAAGUGAGUGCCAUUGCGAGUGAGAACAUUGAACAUUGACAGGAGCGGGGGAGCUCCUUGAUGAGGGAGGAGAGCCGCUGGAAAAAAGGCUGUUGGUGUUUUUGUUUCACUCCUUUUCUUUCUGUACUGUAACAAGCAUUUUUGCUCCGAUUUGGAUCUGAUGUUGGUAUUAGAAAGGAAACACGGGAGGAGAUUCAGAGGUGCCUUUUUGGUUUGGUGUGUUUUCCCUUCUUAUAUCUUUUUUUUUUGUAUUUUCAGUAUCUUUCUAGGGGGAGCUUAAUUAUUAUGUUAAUGAAAAUAUGCUCUGGAUAGAACAUAUUUGUUGUGAUUAAGCAGUGAACCUCUUAAUUCCCUAUUUUUGAGUUAUGCUGUAAAAGAAACAUUUUCAACUUCUUGCAGCUUAUUGGUUGCCAUUGUGUCCAGUCCAGGGUCAAAGUCUUUCGCCAAAGUAGCGCCGAUUCAAUAUGUGAAUGACAAACUGUGUCGAGUACGAACUCAUCUGUCGCGGAGUGAGGCCAAAGCUGAGCUGUAACAGGAUUCGAUGGUGAAACGCAACUGUGAAAAAUCCACUUGUAGUUAAAGGACCAUAAAAUGUGCAAAAUCAGUGAGGUUAAACGCUCCUUUUAAAGUGGUGUUGCUUUUAUAUUUGACUUAAAAAUGACAGAGUCAGUAAAAUUCUGAAUUUAUUUCCCUGUCGAUAUUUGAUGUGCAUCCAUUUGGUUUCAUGUUUUUAUGGAGGCAUGGUGAAUGAAAAUCACGUUUAAUUGAUUAGGACUUUUCACUCUAAACACUUUCAAAGUACAUGUCAAGACUGAUGUCAAACACAGCAAAUCUAAACAGAAAUAAAGGCAGUAGUGGAGUGCAGGAGUGCGACAGUAACAAUUAACUUGUAACAAAAGGAAAAAACGAAAAAUGGUUCAUGUUUUGUCUUUUGGGUGAAAAAUAAAAACAAUACCAGCUUCUUUUUGUUGAUGUUACAAGCUGUGAUAUAUCAGAAUCUAACAUGAGAUGCAAAAAGUAGACCAGCCAGCUUUCCAUCAGACUGAGUUUGCCUGUUUUGUUUUGUUUUUUUCAACUAAAACGAGCAGCUUUGGUCUCCACAUCAUCUUCCCAGUGUCCGCUCUGAAAGCAGCCACUUUAUUUUCCACAUCGAUGCUAUUGUACUACAUUCAUGACCAAUAAAAUGAUGGGAAUGCAA